GCGUUUACUCUCUUGGCAGUUGGACAGCGCUUGCAGUGCUCUUUCUCCUGCUCUCCUUCGCCCCCCUGAAACCCUUCUCCUUCCCCCAAAUUUCCGAGAAACCCUGCCCUUUUCCACCUCAAGUCCUCUUCUUUCCUAUCUCUGGCGCUCCCAUUCCCUCAGAUCUGUUGGUUUUGCGACGGGUUGGAGCACGGAUUCCAUUUUCUCGUGGCGGAAAACGCCGGUUUUGAGAUCUCUGCAGCUUAAAAGCCCGGCAUUUCGAAAUUUGUGGUGGAGUCAUUGUACUGCUUCUCCGAAUCGGAGCAUUGCGUUACGAAUUGAGUGAGAUCUGUGGGUUUGUGGGAUUGGCGAGGUGAAGAGGACGAUUAAUUGGUUACGCUUGUGGUGUAUAAGAGGAUUUUCUGGAAGGAAUCUGGUCUGGAGAAUAGUGGAGUAAGUGCAGACAGAGUGUUGCAGAUCGGAGUAUUUUGAAGCAGAUUUGAUAUAGAGAGGCAUAUAGUCAGUUGAUAGGUGUAUGCAAUUAAUGGAGGCUGAGUUGUGUUUGUCUCGAGCUCUGUCUUCGUCUCGAGAAGAAAGUGGGGAUGAAGAGCUUUCAGUGCUUCCUAGGCACACUAAAGUCAUCGUUACCGGUAACAACAGGACGAAGUCAGUUUUGGUCGGGCUGCAAGGUGUUGUAAAGAAAGCUGUUGGUCUUGGUGGCUGGCAUUGGCUGGUCCUCAAGAAUGGGGUGGAGGUAAAGCUGCAGAGGAACGCCUUGAGUGUUUUAGAAGCUCCAACUGGUAAUGAGGAUGAUGAUGACGACUGUGAUAACUCUUUCUGCAGCAGCUCUGACAUGGGCGAGAAAGAUAUUGAUUACGGUAGCGUAGAGUUCCACAAACCAACAAAGCCCAGGGCUCGGCAUACCAGGCCUUGGACUUCUUCAGCCAAGUCAAAUAACCGGGGCAUCUAUAGAGACAUCCACAGUUAUAAGCCUCAGACGAGGGUGAACUUGGCAAAACUUGGGACUGCCACCUUGUGGAGAUAUUGGAGGCACUUCAAUCUGGUGAGCAUCAAUCCCAACCCAUCCAAGGAACAACUGGUUCAUGGUGUGCAGCACCAUUUCCUUUCUCAGCAAUUGGAUGAGAUGCAGGUGAUUGUGGGGUUCAUUCACACAGCCAAGAGGUUGAAGACCAUCUACUCUUGAGAACAGGACUGGGAGAGUUGUGCGAUCCUGAUUGCUGUGCGCUUGGACCAAAAUAUGAUUAACCACCAAAACUGAGGGGGGAAGAUCAUGUCUCUUGUGCUGAUGGCCAAAUCUGUAUUUAAGAGCAGUGCACUCUUGUUCACAUGUAGCACAGUUGUACUGAGUACUAACCAUGCUAUAAUGAGGUUUUGUAGUGUACCAUCCUACUAUAUCUAGAGAUAUGAUUUGGUGCUCUUCUAAAACAAGUUGUAGGAUAU